AUGAUUAAAGAUACAGAGCAACACCUGUCAAAUAUACUAUCGGAUCUGAGAGAUAACAUUAGUAAUGAAAAUUUGAAUCCGCCGGAUUUGCAGAAUGAUGAUUCAUUCAUUAAUAACAACUCAUUCGAUGAUUUAUUAUUUGAUAGACCUAACGACAGCUAUAUGGGAUGGUAUGGACGAACACGGAGAUUUAUUCAAGAGUCUCUAUAUGAGAAGUACGUCAUACCCAAUGUUGGGAUUUCGCUUUUGAUAUUAUCCCAGCUAUUUAAUUCUAUAAUGAUCACUACAUGUAAGUUGUUGAUAACAGAUAAGGAAUUUGAGACACCCAUACAUCCUUUACAGAUAUUGUUUGCAAGAAUGAUUAUUACAUAUAUUUGUUGUGUGGUGUACAUGUUCGUAACGAAAUGUGUUCCGGAUGCACCAUUUGGUCCAAAGAAACUACGUAAUUUGUUAUUUAUGAGAGGCGCUUUUGGCUUUUUCGGAGUCUUUGGUCUUUACUACUCGUUGCAAUAUCUUAGUUUAUCAGAUGCAGUUGCAAUCACUUUUAUUAUUCCCAUGGUUACGGCAUUUUUAGCAUGGGUUAUCUUGCAUGAAAGAUAUUCAUUGAUAGAAGCGGCUUGUGGGGUUAUUUCUUUGGGUGGUGUCAUCUUGAUUGCAAAACCGAACUUCAUAUUUGGUGAAUCAGAACUUUCAGGGGAUGAUUCCAUAGAAUCAUCUUCCACUGAAAAAAGAUUGCUUGCGUCAGGGGUUGGAUUAAUAGGGGUUUUAGGGGCAUCAUCUGUUUAUAUCAUUUUAAGGAAAAUAGGACAUGAAGCCCAUCCAUUGCUUUCAGUAAGUUACUUUGCAUUAACGUGUGUUCUCAUUUCCUUUAUCUCGUUAAUCUCAUUGCCGUCAUUAUCCUUUGCAGUGCCGCAGAAUAAUUAUCAAUGGUUUCUUUUCUUUUUGAUUGGAAUUUUCGGAUUCUUAAUGCAAUUCUCCUUGACUGCCGGCGUCCAACGAGUUAAUGCUGGCCGGGCCGCAUUGAUGAGUUAUACCAAUAUGGUGUUUGCUAUUAUCUGGGACUUAAUAUUUUGGGGCCAUCUCCCAGGUAUCUUAAGUAUCCUAGGUAUCAUAAUUAUAAUUGGAAAUGCAUUUAUCGUAGUGAAGUAUAAACCAAACGAUAAUACAAGUCCUGAUAUAGAGCAAAAUGCCGGGGAUGACGGUAAGUAUUCUGUUGAUAGGGAUGAUAUUUCGUUACAAGAAUUCAUUAUUUCAGACGAAGACGACGAUAAGGACCCAGCUCCUCGUGCAACCCAAGGAUCGUCCCAGUGA